AUGUCGAAGCCUGUAAAGCUUGAGGAGGAGUCGGUGGCCACUACCUCGCCAGAGUCGGCUGCAGAAUUCGAGCACACAGCCACCACCUAUGUGAGCAGCUUGGAGCACACGGGCGACGGACGCAGCUUGAAGAAAGCCAAUUCCUACCUUUCCCAGGGCACGACGCUCACUGCCGGCAUGAGCCACCUGAGCCACGAGGGUGUCAGUGUGGUCUCAGAGUCGCACGCAUCAGUUCCUGACCUUAAUGCCAUCAAGCCCGAUAUUGAGAACGCUGCUGGGGUGGAGCCCUGUGGCGAAGUGAUCAGUAUCUGGACGUCUCGCACCAUCGGGAUUGUGAUAAAUGGCUUCAUUCUGGCCUUCCUGAGCGCCACAUGCACGGGGGUUACAUACGGUUUCUUCCUUGGCUAUAUGGGCUUGGACUCCUACGUGAUGUCCUCUAUUACAGCACUUAUGAAGCUUCCAGACGUGUUGCUUCUCCCGUAUGGCGUGAUAUCCGACUGUUUCCCCAUCUGUGGCAAGAACCGGAAGUCCUGGCUGCUUGUCUCAUGGACCAUCUCGGCCGCUGCCCUCCUCGCCAUGAGUCUGAAACCGCAGCCUCCCCCGAUGUACUGCCAAUACGAGAACGGCGAGUACAACUGGGACGUGCCUCCAUGCAACCCUCAGAUUCAGGACGAGAAGAAUUGGUACAUCUUCCCAAUGUUCAUCCUGACGGCAGGUCUUCAGCUGGGCAGUGUGAAUGGGCAGGCCCUCCUCUUGGAGUACUCCCAGCGCGAGCCACUUGAGCGUCGCGGGCAUAUCAAGGCCAACAUGGCCAUGGUUUGCACCGCCGGUGGCUUGGCUUCCUCGUUGGUCAUUGGCAUCUGCAUGAACAGCAAGGCCUACUUGGGCACCUUUGACUGGGGCUUGUCCUUCAGUGGCCUGAUGACGGUUUGCUUGGUCUUAGCCAUCUGCAUGAUGCCAUUGACGGCAUCUUGGAUUUUAGAGGCUUUGACAUGUAGGGUUUAG